CUUCCGCACCCCACGUGACUUCCUUUCCGGUCUAACCUGACAACAUGGAUGCCAGCCGCGUGCAGCCGAUCAAGCUUGCCAGAGUCACCAAGGUGCUCGGAAGAACCGGUUCCCAGGGACAGUGUACACAGGUCCGAGUAGAGUUCAUGGAUGACAGCAACCGCUCCAUCAUCAGGAACGUGAAGGGUCCAGUGAGAGAGGGUGAUGUGCUGACACUUCUGGAGUCUGAAAGAGAGGCUAGGAGGCUGCGAUAAGGUCUCUGAAGAUGUGAGGUGCCUGGCCACUGGGGAGGAGCAGACCUUCCUGGGCCCUGCAGUGAUCGACACCUCAUUUGUUCAGAUGUUUUGAAAUAAAUGUGGUUAUUCAGAUAACA